GACUAGUCCUGGGAAAAAGGCUGGCUGACGUGCUAGAGGCUCGUCGGAAGCACCAAAGAGGAGGCUUCGGACUCUAACAAGGAAUCUGCUGCCAUCGAAUGAAUCCUCUCACAACCCGAUAAACAAGUGCAGUGACAGUGCUCUGCACGGCAAUGGGCGACAGCAACAGUAGAGAGCGAGGAAAUUGUGUCCACCAUUGUCAACUCGUUCAGGUGCAGUUCAGGGCUGACCAAGAUGAAUCUCACGGGGCAUAGAAGGCGCAACGAACAAGCAUGUGUUCCUUCUGGGGAGUCCGUCUCCGAAGCUCCUGCAGGAAGCAGUCCAGCUUCAGCUAACGAUCCCGAGGAGCAGCCUACUGACCCAAAGAGUUCAGGCCCGUCGGGCGCAACAUAUAAAGACAGGAUCGAAAGCCUAGUCGUCUCUUCACGGUUCACCUUUCGAGUGCCUCCGCAUUUCUCACGAUGAUCGGUCAGCUCUCCUCUUUUCUCGCCUCAUUACUGCCCCUUGCGGCCGCGUCGGUCAACUCGUCGUGUCGCUGCUUCCCUGGCGACACCUGCUGGCCGUCCACGCAGGAGUGGAAUCGCUUCAAUGCCACGGUUGGGGGAAAGCUCGUCGCCACGGUUCCUGCGGCGAGCGUCUGCCAUCACAACAGCACCUUCCUGCCCUACAACGCGAAGGCAUGCGAGGAGCUGCUCGCAGUGUGGGACCAGACUGCCACUCACGAUGAGACGAGCUACUCCCCGAUGGCGCCGUGGUUCGCCAACUUCUCCUGCGACCCCUACCUGCCCAACACCCAUUGCACCAUCAUUCCACUAGUCCAGUAUGCUGUCAAUGCCAGCAGCGCCCAGGACUACCAGGCGACGAUCAAUUUUGCGCAAGCGCAUAACAUCCGGAUGGUUAUCCGCAACACUGGCCACGAUUACCUGGGAAAGUCCACGGGCGCCGGAGCUCUGGGGCUCUGGACUCAUUAUCUGAAGGAUAUCGAAGUGAUCCAUUUCUACCGGUCGAAGGAUUACUCCGGACCUGCCAUCAAGGUGGGUGCCGGUGUGCAGGUGCUGGAAGCCCUAGAUGCGGCGCAUGCGCAAGGAUACGCGGCGGUGGGCGGUAACUGCCAGUCCGUGGGCUUCGCGGGCGGCUACUCCCAGGGUGGCGGUCACGGCCAGCUGGUAUCGAUGCACGGGCUGGCGGCGGACCAGGUGCUGGAAUGGGAGGUCAUCACUGCGACCGGCGAACACCUGAUCGCCACCCCCACGAACAACUCGGACCUCUACUGGGCGAUGAGCGGUGGAGGCGGCGGUACCUAUGCGGUGGCCCUCUCCAUGACCAGCAAACUGUACACGGAAUACCCGACCGUGAGUGCCAACCUGACCUUCACCAACACCGGCGUGACCCAGGACGUCUUCUGGCAAGUAGCCGAGACCUAUAUCCAGAGUAUGGCCCGGCUGACAGAUCUGGGCGGCGUGGCAAUCUGGGAAAUCACCGACGCCUUGUUCGCCGUCAUGCCAUCUACCCUACCAAACGGCACCGAAGCGCAGUUGCAGGCCCUGAUGCAGCCCACACUCGACCUGCUCGAGAGGAACAACAUGACCUACACGUACACCAUUGUCUCGUACGCCAGCUUCUACGACAGCUACACGCAGAUGAGCCCGUUCAUGACGGUGACUGAGUACCAAAUAGGCGGGCGGCUGAUCCCGCGGACAACGGUGGACAACGAGCUCUGUGCGCUGAUCGAUGCUUUCCGCAGUAUCACGGGCUAUGGGGCUGUUGUCUCGGGCAUCUCCCUCAAUGUCUCCCGGUCGGGCAUUCCUGAUAACGCCGUCUCUCCCGCGUGGCGCGAUGCACAGCUCGACAUUGUCCUGGGCACUGCCUUCGAUUACUACAACUACACCAACGACGUUGAGAACCAGAAACUCAUGACCGACACCCUCAUCCCCAUGCUGGAGAUCCUGACUCCGGACAGUGGAGCGUACAUGAACGAGGCGGACCUCAACCAGCCUAAUUGGCAGUGGACCUUUUACCGUGACAAUUACGCCAAGCUCAAUUCUAUCAAGAACAAGUAUGACCCUAACCAGACAUUCUAUGCGUUGAAAGCGGUGGGCAGUGAGGUGUGGACAGAGCAGACCGAUGGACGCCUUUGUCGCACAUAAAAUCGGGAGGUGGGAGGGGGAGAGUCGUACGCUUUACGCUGUGGCCUAUUCUAGUAGACUGCAUUAGACUGUAUGCUACCUGAACAAGACAAGGGGAUGAGGGUCAGUCUAGUGAAAGGAAUAGACGAAUUACCGUACAUGAACCGUG